AUGGAGCGUCAGGAUAAAGCGGCUCUGAACGUGCUGCAGUCUCCCAACCUCAGAAAUGAAAGUUCCUUGGCUUCCACCCUGAAGACACUACUGUUCUUCAUAGCACUGAUGAUCACUCUUCCCAUUAGCUUAUAUUUCACAACCAAGUCUUAUGUAUUUGAAGGAGCCUUUGGAAUGUCCUACAGGAACAGCUACUUGUAUGCUGCCACUGUCUCAGUGGUCAUUGUCUAUGUGGUGCUGGCCCUCUUUGUGGCCUGA